UUGUUUUUUUUUAUAAUUAAUUGCUUUUGGUUUUAAAUAUUCGUCCCGCCCGCUAAUUUAAAUUAAGCGCCGAAUAAGUAUGAGCUCUCAAACUGUUUAAUUGCGGUUGGCAGCACGCAUAAAAAUCAGCGAGUGCACAUUCUGUUACGCUAACAUCUGUUAUGUUCAGUAUGGCCAGACGGCAAAAAUAACAUAAAACCGUAGACAGAACAUAAGACGUUGGGCAUUUUCGAGCGAGUAGAGAAAAUUGUAUUGAGCGAAAAUUGUAAAAACGUCGGCAACGUCGCUAAGUGAAAAUCUCUUUUGAUUUAUAAAGUAGCUGGUUCAUUGUAAUAAAAAAAAAAACGCUAACAUGAAUGAGGAAUACGACGCGAUAGUUCUGGGCACCGGCCUCAAGGAGUGCAUAUUGAGCGGCAUGCUCUCCGUGUCGGGCAAGAAAGUCCUGCAUAUUGAUCGCAACAAAUACUAUGGCGGCGAAUCAGCCUCAAUUACGCCGCUGGAGGAGCUCUUUCAACGCUAUGGUCUGGAGGCGCCUGGUGAGAAAUUCGGGCGUGGCCGCGACUGGAACGUGGACUUGAUUCCCAAGUUUCUGAUGGCCAAUGGACAAUUGGUGAAACUUUUGAUACACACGGGCGUUACCCGUUAUCUGGAGUUCAAGUCAAUUGAGGGCAGUUACGUUUACAAGGGUGGAAAAAUCUCCAAAGUGCCAGUGGAUCAAAAGGAGGCACUGGCAUCUGAUCUCAUGGGUAUGUUUGAGAAGCGGCGCUUCCGCAAUUUCUUGAUCUACGUGCAAGACUUUAGAGAGGAUGACCCAAAGACCUGGAAGGACUUUGAUCCCACCAAAGCCAACAUGCAGGGACUGUACGACAAGUUCGGCCUGGACAAGAACACCCAGGACUUCACUGGCCAUGCGCUGGCGCUGUUCCGUGAUGACGAGUACCUUAACGAGCCGGCUGUCAACACCAUUCGUCGCAUUAAAUUGUACUCGGACUCGCUAGCGAGAUAUGGCAAAUCGCCAUAUCUGUAUCCCAUGUACGGUCUCGGCGAGCUGCCACAGGGCUUUGCCCGUCUAUCGGCCAUCUAUGGUGGCACCUACAUGCUGGACAAGCCAAUUGACGAGAUUGUUUUGGGCGAAGGCGGCAAAGUGGUUGGUGUGCGCUCUGGCGAUGAGAUCGCCAAGUGCAAGCAGGUUUACUGCGAUCCCAGCUAUGUGCCCGACAAGGUGCGCAAGCGUGGCAAGGUGAUUCGCUGCAUUUGCAUCUUGGAUCAUCCGGUGGCCAGCACCAAGGAUGGUCUCUCCACUCAAAUCAUCAUUCCACAGAAGCAAGUCGGUCGCAAAUCGGACAUUUAUGUCUCACUGGUCAGCUCAACCCAUCAGGUGGCCGCCAAGGGUUGGUUUGUGGGCAUGGUCUCGACCACAGUUGAAACCGAGAACCCAGAAGCUGAGAUCAAGCCCGGUCUCGAUUUACUGGAGCCAAUCGCACAAAAGUUCGUCACUAUUUCGGAUUAUUUGGAGCCCAUUGACGAUGGUCUCGAGUCUCAAAUAUUCAUCUCGGAAUCUUAUGACGCGACCACGCACUUUGAGACCACUUGCCUCGAUGUUUUGAACAUCUUCAAGCGCGGUACUGGCGAGACGUUCGAUUUCUCCAAGAUUAAGCAUGAGCUCGGCGAUGAGGAUCAGUAAAUGGAUCAGGAAAUGAAGGAUUCGAUUUCAUACUUUGGUGGAUGGGUGCGCGCUUGCGGCAUUUGGCAUGGGUCAGGACGAUACGGCGAUUUCCAGCUCAAGAACAACAACUGAAACAACAUCAACAACAACAUCAAUUAUAAACAAUAUAUUUUCAACAUCGUUGUGCGGCCGUUGCCAAAAAAGAGAAAUAAGAAACAAAAAUGAAAUAAAAACCAAAAGCGAUUUAAAUAUCCAAUUAAAUAAAAUGAAAAUGCAAAUGUAUUACGACAUUAAAACAUGAAACAUGCUUUUCCAUCUAGCCAAAACAAAAGGCUCAUCUUUUAUGUGGAAUACAAUUUUAGACAUGUAUCAAAACAAACGAAAAACAAAGAAACAUUGCUUGCUUUUCGCAAUAUUGGGAUACGCCUAGAAGAUUAAUAUAUACAUAACACACACAUACGAGUAUUUAAAAUAAUUAAAACAUAACAAAAAACAUACGGCAGUAAAGUACAUAACGAAAGAAAACACAUUGCAGACUCAGUUCAGAUCACCAUUGUAUUAGCCAAAUUUGAUUGUUGUGAACACAAAUAUAAAGAAAUGCAAACGAAAAUUAAAUGUAUAAUCACCCUCCACUAUGAAGCAACACAACUCCCCGAUCACUUCUCACUUUACCAAAUCCCAAAAUAAAUUGAGUGGCCAAACUCGAUUCCUGCUUCGUACACAAGUUUAUAUACUAUACAAAUAAACGAAAAAAAAAAGGAAAUGCUCCCCAUAAUUUACUACGCUCGAUGUGCUUGCAAUUCAGUUGUACACCAUAAAUAUGUAUAACACCAUAUACUAUAUAUUAUAUAUAAUAUGUAUUCUAUAUGUAUAUGUAUGUGUAUAUUGCUAUCAAUAGUUGCUUGGUUCUGUUUUGUGAUCGACAAAAACUUGUGCAUGCGAAAUCACAAAGACACAUAUAUUUAAAAAUAAACAAAAAAUCACAAAAAAAAAAA